AUGCGCGCAUACUUCAUGGACGAUCUCCCCGGCGACCAGCGCCUCCCUCACGACUCUGGCAACGCCGUUUCUGACGAGACCCUCGACAAGCUGGGCAUCCUGCGUUGGCACAUCCCCUCUGACGCUGAGGGCCAGUGGGAGGAACAGGUUAAUGUCAUUGCCAAUGAGCGCAGCUACCGUAACCGCGAUAUCUGCCUCGUUACGAAGGAGGGUAUGGGUGACGCCUACGAGGCGAACCUGAAGAAGUUCUACCACGAGCACAUGCACGAGGACGAGGAGAUCCGCUACAUCAUCGAGGGCGGUGGCUACUUCGAUGUCCGAGAGCACACUACCGACUCUUGGGUCCGCCUCCACCUGAGUGCUGGGGACAUGAUUGUCCUCCCUGCCGGUAUCUACCACCGUUUCGGUCUCGAUAUGGGUAACAAGUCCCGCACGCUCCGCCUCUUCAAGGACGAGCCCAAGUGGAUCGCAUACAAUCGCGGUGUUGAGACAGAGAGUAACCCCUACAGGCUGGAGUACGUGAAGAGCCUCGAGGUCAGUGCCUGA